AUCGUCUGGCCACACUGUUUUUACCAUCUUGCGUUUGUUUGGCUUUUUCUCGAUCUUGUGGGCAUAUCGACAGAUUAGUAAAUAAUAAAGAUGGGGCGCAACAAGGCGAACAACAAGAAGGUGGCUCCUGGAGCCGGCAAGCCAAAGACGGCGCUCAACAAGUCGAAGAAGGCCAAGAACGUCUUCAAAGUGGGCGACGGCAACAAGGGCAAGGGCAAGAAGCCCAAGGAGGUGCAGGGCAAGCUCAAGCAGAUCAAGGAGUCCGUGAAGGCCAAGCAGGAGAAGGUGGACGCCAGCCUGAAGACACUGCACAAGGACCUGGUGGUCAAGAAACCCAAGGCCCCGGUGGCACCCAUCAAGAACAACAAGAAGAAGGGGGCCAAUGCCCAGAAAGUCUCCGACACACUCGGCAAACUCAAGUUCUAAGGAACUAAACCAAAAUCAGUAGUAGAAGUAGUUAGUCCCCAUUUAUUGUUACAUUUGCUAGGGCAAGGAUAAUCCAAAAUAUACGAUCGCUAGGUGGGCAGUGAUGGAAGGUUUUCAUGUAGGUAGGUAGGUCGCUCUUUCUAUUCCCAAUCAAUACUCAGAUGCCUUGACCUAUUUUGUGAUUUCAUUCCGUUUACAAUCUAAUACCUGAUAAUUGUAGUUUUCAAGGAAAAAAGUCUCUAGUAUUUAUCGUUGAUCCCCUUUUUUAUUUGAAGAAUAUUAUGCGUUUUUUUUGUAUAUUUACACAAGUGUACCCUUUACACUACCUAUGACCAAUAAGAAUGUGUUUUAAAAACUAUCUAAGGAUGAAUAACCUUCCCAUCACUGCUCACUGGCAACCUAGACAACCACAA